AUGGAAGAGGUCGACAACAAUGCGGGGACGCCUGGCAGCGGACUGCCGGGCCCGGCACAACCUCCGCACGCCCCUCCAGCUGGAGAGGGCGCUGCGGGUGCCAACUCGGGCUCAGGCGGAGGCGCCGGUGAAGCGCGCGGCGAGCGCACGUCUUCUGGCGGCAAGGACGAUCCCUCGCACAGCAAGGCGCCGUCGGAGGCGUCUGACAAUAUCAGCGACGAACACAGUUGGUGCAUCCUGAAGACCGAGGGCGACACGAUGGAAGAGCGCCUGGCAGCCAAGCAACGCAGCAUUCUAGGGCGCGUCCUGUCCGUGGUCGAGGCGCUCAACAUGCCUGCAGGUAGUGGGCUUCCGGCGCGACGCGAUCCUGCGCCGCCAUCCAGUCCGGGUAUGACGGCAAACUGGGAGGCCCCAAGUCGGUGCGCACCGGAUGGCGCGUUCCAUUUUGUUAAGGUUCCUGCUCACAGGCGUCACCUCGACGACGACCACUACAUGCGUGACGGAUACGCGGGUCUCGAAGUGCUCACCACGAUGGAGUGUUUCUCAGUGACGGACUUAGCGGACCUGAACGAGCUGGUGGGCGAGACCGAGGACAUGCGUCGCGAGAUGGCGUCGAUCCUGUCGGUCUAUGAUCCUCGCGAUUUGGCACUACGUACAUUCAGUAUGACUACGUUCAUGUGCCGCUUGUUGAUCCGGUACCGGACCAUUCGCGGGGAGAUGCAGGCGACCGGGUCGUCCACGAUCGAGAAGCUGUUGACCGCCCAGAAGGAGAGCUCCCAGUUCGAGGCUCACGUCACGCGGCUGCCGGGACAAUGGAGAGCUGUCUUCAAUGACCUCAAAGAGACCAAAGAGGCAACAGCGGCACGGUACCGGGCGGACUUCAAGAAACUCAUGGCGGAACACGAGGUCGAGAAACAAGUGCUACGAGACCGAAUCGCUGCCUUGGAGUUCAAGCUCAAAACAUCCAGUACGUGGGUCGAGUCCCUCGAGUCUCAGGUCUUCAACGUCGACCGCAUGAUGAACUUCCUUAACAGGAACCAGACCAAGGUGACUGGCAACUGGAAGCGUCCGGAGGAGUUGUUCAAGCACCACCGAUCCGUCACCUCUGCAGAUGAUGCAUUCACCGAUCCCGGGCCGUUCGAGUUCCAAAACGACGGCGAUACCGACACGGAAGAGAAGGGCGACGACGGGUCUGAAUCGAGUGAGGGCGGCACAGGGUCGCGGGGCAAGCGCGUCACUAUCGUGGAUGUGACAGGCGAGGCUCCACCCGGUAAGACUUCCUCGUCAGAACGUCGAUCCAGUGGCGGCAAGCGUCGUCACAAGGCGGUGGCUCGGGUCGUGAAUCGCCCCAUAGCCUGGGAUCCCAACGAGGAAGAUGCGCGCCCCAUGGACCAAGAAUAUCCAGUCGAUGAAAACCUUGCAUGCGCUUCACUCGCCGGGCUUCCCGUUGUGUGGCGCAAGCUUCGGACGGAUCUUCAGCUGGCCAUGCGGACUGGAUUGACGUACUCGGAAGCCAUGACUCUGUUGAACCGUGACGAAAUGGCCCAUCACCUGUUCCAUCCUUACGAUCUGUCCUGCAUGCUGGCUCAGAUGAUGUACUGGAACCAACUGGACAAGGCUUAUUGGACAACCUACGUGCCAGAACGAUACUUCCUCCGCGCGGAGAGCAUACUGGAUAGCUACGCACAGGAUGGCGUCGAACCGGAUCGGUGGCCCGACCAGAUGGACCCCACACAACAUGACAGUGAGCUACUCUUGGACGAGAACGAAGAGGACGUUGACAACGAGGAUCGAGAUGGCAACUGGGAACCCAGCGAGGAGGCUCAAGCCAAGAUCGACCGGAUGGAAGCUCGUGAGGCAGCAGUACAACAGGAUGACACGGAGGUACCGGACACCAACGCUGCACCGGAUCUCGUUCUGCCUUCGACUCGUCGUCCCAAGCGCAGGGCUAGUUCGGUGUCAUCUCAAUCGGAUUCAGCCACCAUUGGAUCUGGCAAGAAACGCAAGAAGUCUCGACCUGGUGAUGCACGCAAGAAGUCUCCACUCGCUCGCAAGGAGAUGAAAGAUCUUACUCCUGAAGAGCUGACCGUGAUCGAGAAACCAGGUCGAGGCAUCACUUCGUGGCGUCACAAGGGCAUCCUGACCACUUUUGCACCCAGUACGACUUACGCCGUCUACCAGUCCGCAGGUUUCCCUGACUACGCACCGAACCACAACGGCGGGACGGGGCCACUCAAGGAUCGCUUCAAUGUGGACGAGUACCGGGCGAUUAUGGAGACCCGACCGGGUGAGCGGAUGUACAAGCGUCGUGUCAUCAACCUCAUCUUCCACAAGCGUUACGCCUUGGGAGUGAAGGUCCACGUCGUGCUGACCAAGAUCGUGAAGUUCAUGAAGGACAACGCGCUGGUCAUCUGGUACGCGGGACACUGGGUGACUUAUCCGGAGGACUCGUCGUAUGGGGUGAAGGAGAAAAAGAAACGCAAGAGUCUGCAUGAUCCUGCCAUCAAGAAAUACGCCGAGUUGAUCACCGAACUUCUGAAAGCAGGAGCCCCGAAGACGAUUCUGUACGAGCCAGGCAUCUGGGUGUAUCCGGCGAAGGUCUGUCCCUGGAUCCUGUUUGACAAGUCCGAGAAGAAACCGGAUAGGAAGCCGUACACGAUGGCCGAGCAGCUCGAAAUCCUGGAUCGCGAAGAACCGGCUCGCAUCCAGUGGACAGGGUGGACCCUCGAUAGGAUCAUCGCGGAUCGUCCGGCGCACAUCCGGAAAAUGCUGCUGUCUCCCGAUGAGCGUGCCAACAACUGA